AUGUUGAGGCUAUGGUUCGCACUGGCCAUUUUGGUCUACUCUCCCGUUGCCGCCGAACCAGGGAUCUUCUAUAAUCCCCCAACCGGUGGCCCGAUUCAUGUUUAUAAGGAUAACCCGGUGUAUGAACUCGGCCAGACAGUGCAGUUGCGAUGGGCCACCAGCCUCGAAUAUCUUUCCUUGAUGUUGUGGCAGAAUGACAACCCAGACUACGAGUGGCUUCAAACAAAUUUAUCCGGGGUAACAACAUACAACUGGGUGGUCUCAACUCAACGAAACCUCAAGGACGGAAAUGUCUUCUUCUUUCAGAUCCGAGACGCAAAUGAUCUCAAUAGCGCGAAUCUGUUCGCCAGCCAUUAUUUCAAUAUCACGAAUAACGACGCGGAUCCUACUACAACGGCCUCUUCUUCUGCAACAAAAGGGACGACAACCAUGACAUCGCCGACGCUCUCACUCAGCACCUCGAUAACCACGACUCCUAGUUCAGCAUCACCGACAGCAUCCUCAGGCACAACUAGCGGGGGUGGGCUAUCACCUCAGGCAACGGUAGGAGUCGGCGUGGGCGUGGGACUCGGAUGUGCUUUUGUACUCGUCCUUGGGGCCGUGAUAUGGUAUUUCCGUCGCCGGGUCGCGCGACGCCAUAAGUUGAGCACAAACCCGGGCUAUCUUUCGGGCAAUUCUACCGUCCUCCUGAAGCCAUAUAUCUCCCAGCCGCCACCGCCGCCACAACAACAACCCGCAGCUGAAGUCCCUGGGGAAUCCAGGCAUCAGGGUAGGAGAUAUGAGCUACAGUGA